AUGAGUUUGUCUCCUCUGGAGUUGGGGUUGAAGUGCUUCAGGAUCUUGCUAUGUUCCAGGCACUGGUGUGAUCGGACUGUGCGGGAGUCUCGGCUGGAGAGAGUGUCUGGGCCAGAAAGAGCUCGAGUGCCCUGCGUGGGGCUCUCUCACUAUGUCCAGCAGGGCUGGAGCCUGGACCGGGAGUGGAUGCGGAGAGUCCAAGGGGGACCCCAGGGCUCACCCCCCACCACCUGCUUCAUUCACAGGGCGGCGGAGAUGCGUGUGGUAUGGUCAAACCGUACGGUGGUGUCCUGCUGUGAUGGAUCUCCUGGGCUGCAGUGUACCGAGGACGCGCCUUUCCUGGGUCGUUGCUACACUUCGUGGAAUUGCCAGGAAUUUCCUGGAAUCAGCAACAGUUCUGACGUCUCGAUGGAGAGUUGUUGCCAGGAAUUGUUGGGUCACAGCUGGAGGAACACCUCCUCGGGCUUCUGCGUCUCCUGUUCCCACACCAUCCUGACAGAGGCUCUGUCCACUCCGCUGCUGCUCAGGCCAGUCGCCCUGCUUGGUUCGUCCAAAGACCACCGGCUCUCUGCUUCCUGCCUCACCUGGGGCGGUUUCCAUUACCGAACCUUUGAUGGAAAACACUUCCACUUCGAUGGGACCUGCACCUAUAACCUGGCCUCGUCGCUAGAUGGAACCUGGGCCAUCUACCUGUCCACCAGCAGCUGUCCCAGACCAAGGAGGGAGUGUUCAAAGGUGCUGCGGAUUAUGUUCGGUUUGGACCUGAUCUUGACACAGAAUCAAACUGUGAUCGUCAAUGAUGUUGUACUCACUCCGGGGAGGCCCUAUCUUCACAAUGGGAUCAGCGUUCGCUGGCUGGGGGAUUUUAUUUUCCUGGAGAGCGGGCUCGGGGUGCGUUUGAAACUGGAUGGAGACCAACUGGUGUUGGUGACGGUGACUUCAGAACUGAGGGGAACGACUCAGGGACUGUGUGGAGUCUACAAUGACGUUGCAGAAGAUGAUUUCACCACUGUCUCGGGAUCCCUGACCUCCAUCGCUGCCACGUUCGGCAACUCCUGGAGAGUCUCCCAGUCUGAGCCUGAGGUCUGCGAUGAAGCCUCGGAGCCCAAUGUGGGUUGUGAUGCUCAGGACCCAGGUCUUCCUCCAUCUGCAAAGUCCAUGUGUGACCGCCUCCUCUCCCUACCAUUCACCGAGUGCCAUGCACAGGUGAACCCAGACAAUUACUUGGAAACGUGCUUCUUCCCGUUCUGUGCUGGGGCUGCUACCCAGGAAGGGAUUCGCCAUGCAGUGUGCCAGACCUUUGCCAGUUACUCCCGGGAAUGUGGGCAACAUCAAAUCUACCUCCAGUGGCGAUCCCCGGAAUUCUGUGAGAGGAGGUGUCCGGAUCGGAUGGUGUACUCAGACUGUGUGUCAUCCUGCCCGGCCAGCUGUGAGGGAGGAGGCAGCCCAGCCCUGGGCUCCUGUCGGGAGGAGUGUGUGAGUGGCUGCGAGUGUCCCCAAGGGCUGUUCCAGGAGGGUGAUCGGUGUGUUCCUGCCGACCAGUGUCCAUGCUACCAUCGUGGCCAGAGGUAUUCGCCUGGACAGACCAUUCCACACAGGUGUAACCACUGUGUGUGUCAGCGGGGACGCUGGGCAUGUACACAGGAGCGGUGUGCGGCGGAGUGCACCGUGCUGGGCGACCAUCACUACACAACCUUCGAUCGCCGGCGGUACACCAUCCACGGGGCCUGUGAAUACACAUUGGUCGAGGACUACGUGGAGGGCAAGCUGCUGAUGAGUGGGGAGUAUGUGAACUGUGGGAGAGCAUCAGGUGGGUGCCUGAGGGCCCUCACCGCCAUCGUCUACAAAACCGUAGUGAAGCUGCGCCGGACAGGGGACAUCAGUGUGAAUGGUCAAGACAUGAAGCUGCCCUUCUCUAACAGGGACCUGUCAGUACUGCCGGUUUCAUCCUCCUUCCUCCUGCUUCACUCCUCCGGUGUUGAGGUGUUGUGGGGUGUGGAGUUCACAGCUGCAUACAUCACUCUGCAGCCCUCCUAUGCUCACAGGGUCCGAGGACUAUGUGGGACUUACAACUGGAACCAGAGGGAUGACUUCCUCACCCCGCUGGGUGACAUUGAGACCACACCCUCUGCUUUCAUCCACAAGUUUGGAUCCCCCCUCGGCUGUCCUGAGGGCAACCCCCUCACGCUAGACCCCUGCAACACCUUCGCCCAGCGCCGAGAAUUCGCAGAGGAGACGUGUCAGUUUCUCUGGAGCGAGGUCUUCCAGCCCUGCCACGACCUUGUUGAGGUGGAGCCUUACCAUGACCUGUGUCUCUAUGACGUGUGUGGAUGUGCCGGCAACGUGGACUGCCUGUGUGCAAGUGUGGCUGCCUACGCGAGGGCCUGCGCACAGGAGGGUGUGCUCAUUCACUGGAGGUUGGGCAGCACUUGCCCCAUGGAGUGCUCUGGGGGCCGCGUGUACAAGGAAUGCAGCCGCCCCUGCGGAGGUUCCUGCUGGCAGCGGAGGGAAGAGGUGGGCUGUGCCUCGUUGGUAGGCUGUGUGCCUGGGUGUAGCUGCCCCGAUGGGCUGGUGCUGGACGACGAGGGUCAGUGUAUCCCCCCGUCCCUCUGCCCCUGCCUGCUUGAAGAUGUUGUGCACCCCGCUGGGACUGUGAUCAGCAGAAGCUGCAACAGCUGCUUGUGCACCUCUGGAGUUUGGAACUGUACUGACCAGAUGUGUCUCGAGGCAGUUUCAUGCCCCAAUAAUCUCAUACACACCUUCCACUCCUGCCUCAAGACCUGUGACUCGCUUGAUGCCAACAGAACGUGUCUGGACCCCUUUGAAGGCUGUGGAUGCCCAGAGGACCUCGUGUUACUGGGUGACCGGUGUGUACCACCAUCACACUGCCCAUGUCGUCACAAUGGCCGCCUGUACCACAGCAACCAGACCAUCCACAAGGACUGCAACACCUGCGUGUGCAGGGUGCGGAGGUGGUGGUGCACCCGGGAGCCGUGUGCAGGGCUGUGCCUGGCGACGGGAGAUCCCCACUACCUCACCUUCGACGGCCGCAUGUUCACCUUCCUGGGAGACUGCGAGUACGUGAUGGUCCAGGAGCAGGGCGGUCUCUUCACCGUCACAGCCGAGAAUGUGCCCUGUGGGACCAGCCGCGUCACCUGCACCAAGUCCAUCGCCGUGGUCAUCGGCACCACAGUGGUUCAUCUGCUGAGAGGGAAGGAUGUGACGGUGAAUGGUGUUGCAGUGAAAGUUCCCAAAGACUACAGCGGCAGUGGCCUCUCUCUGCACCAGGCCGGCCUCUUUGUGGCUGUGGUCUCACACCUGGGACUGACAGUUCUCUGGGACGGGGGAACACGUGUGUACGUGCGACUGGAGCCUCAGUACCAGGGUCGUGUCAGUGGGCUGUGCGGUAACUUCGAUGGGGACACGGAGAACGACUUCAUGACGCGGCAAGGAAUCGUGGAAGCAACGGCGGUCCGCUUUGGGAAUUCCUGGCGAGUCAGCCAGAGCUGUCCUGAGGUUCAGGGUGAAGAUGCCCACCAACCUUGCUCUGAGAACCCACACCGUGUGAUGUGGGCACGGAAACGCUGCAGCGUCAUCAGCCAGUCCCUGUUCCAGCCCUGCCACCCCGAGGUGCCUCACCAGCCCUUCUAUCACUGGUGUGUCUUUGAUGCCUGCGGAUGUGACACAGGCGGGGACUGUGAGUGUCUGUGCACGGCCAUCGCCGCCUACGCUGAAGAGUGCAACAAGAGAGGGGUGUAUGUCCGCUGGCGAUCACAGGAUCUCUGUCCCCUGCAGUGUGAGAAGGGGAAGGUUUACGAAGCCUGUGGUGCCCCAUGCCAGAAGACGUGUGCCGACAGGGCUGGUGGGGCUGACACUCGCUGCCCCUCACUCUCGUGUGUUGAAGGAUGUUUCUGCCCCGAGGGAACCAUGUACUCAGGGAGCUGCAUUGAUCCCGCCCGUUGCCCCUGUUACUGGGGCGAAGUCGCCUUUCCCGAGGGGACAGAGAUCUCCCAGGACUGCAGGAACUGUACAUGCCAAGCCGCAGACUGGGUGUGUGUGGGUGCCCCGUGUGAGGAGAUCUCUCUGUGCACAGACUCGGAGUUCCAGUGUGGUUCUGGCCGCUGCAUCCCCAGGUCCUGGUUCUGUGACAAUGAGGAUGAUUGUGGGGACGGUUCUGACGAGCUCUGUGUGUCCAGCUGUGAGCCCUGGCAUUUCCAGUGCUCCAGUGGCCAGUGUGUUUCCCAGUGGGAGCGAUGUAACGGCUGGCCAGACUGCAGUGACUAUUCGGACGAGAGGGAUUGCCCUGUACCUGACUGUACACAGGAGGAGUUCCGCUGUGGCACAGGGCUGUGCGUUGCUGCUGAGCGGGUGUGUGACGGACGCGUGGACUGUCCUGAUCGGUCCGAUGAGUCAGAUUGCCGCUCCCCGUGUGGAGUGAGACAGUUCCAGUGUGGGACAGGCCACUGCAUCGACUACACUCGGAAAUGCGAUGGGCACAAUGACUGUGGAGACUUCAGCGAUGAGAGUGGGUGUGUGUGUGGAACAGGACAGCUACAGUGUCCAGAUGGGAGGUGCCUGCAGAAGGAGCAGCUGUGUGACAGGACUGAGGACUGCGAUCGAGGGCUGGACGAGCUGAUGUGUCCUUCAACGGCUGCACCGCCAGCGUGCCGCCAUUAUGAGUUCCAGUGUGAGAGUGGCGAGUGCACGCCACGGGGCUGGGUGUGUGACCGUGAGCUGGACUGUGCUGAUGGAAGUGAUGAGGAGCACUGCAACAGGACGUGUGGGGUGGGUGACUUCCAGUGUGCAGACAACAGUCGAUGCAUCCAACACCAGCAACUGUGUGAUGGUGCCCCGCACUGUGCAGAUCGCUCGGAUGAAGACACAGACAUCUGUGGCUCGGGGAGAAUCCCGCCCUGUCCUGGCAGUUUCUCCUGCAGCAACAAUGUGUGCAUCGAGCAGAGCCGUGUCUGUAAUGGGGUCCCCGACUGUCCACUGGCAGAGGAGGAGCUCAACUGUGAACUGGUAGGCCCCACGGCAAUGCCUCCCAGUGGGAACGAGACAUCGCCCGGGUGCCCGGAGUAUCCCUGUUCCAAUGGGAAGUGCAUCACCUUCAUGCAGGUGUGCGAUGGAAUCAACGAUUGCAAUGAUGGAUCUGAAGAAACAAGAGGUUUCCCUUCGGAUGAAGUGAAUUGUGGGAUGUGGUCACCAUGGGGAUCCUGGAGUGACUGUAGUCAAACGUGUGAAGCUGGAAUACAGUCUCGCCGGCGAGUAUGUACAAGCCUCUCGGAGGGUGUACUGCGGCAUUGUCGAGGGCACAAGGUGCAGACACAACAAUGCUUCAGUCGUGCAUGCCCAGAGGACGGCUGGUGGACGGAAUGGACGGAGUGGUCAAAUUGUACCCGGGACUGUGAAGGACUGGUGAUCCGAGAGAGGACCUGUCUGAGCCCACGGAACGGGGGAAAGCCCUGUCUGCAGCUGCCCCAGCCACCUGUCACCCUGGAAGUCACUCCCUGCCACUCAGACGACUGUCCCAGUGCUCACCAUUGUCCUGGGCAUCUGGUCAGACGGGACUGUGCCACCUGCCCUCUGACGUGUGCACACGUAUCUACAGAGGACAGCUGUCCCCAAACUGCAAGCUGUUUCCCAGGUUGCUGGUGCCCAGAGGGACUGGUGCUGGACGUAGAGCAGCACUGUGUCCACCCUGCUGACUGUCCCUGCUACGUGGAUGGGGUCAAGUACUGGCCUGGUCAGACGGUCAAGGUUAACUGUGAGCUCUGUACCUGUACGGACGGCCGUCUGCAGCAGUGUCGCUUGAACCCAGUCUGCUCAGUGGACUGCGGCUGGUCGAAUUGGUCUCCCUGGGGAGAGUGCCUGGGACCUUGUGGAGUCCAGAGUGUUCAGUGGUCAUUCCGCAGCCCCAACAACCCCAAGCAGCAUGGACAGGGGAACCAGUGCCGUGGCAUUUACCGCAAGGCUCGCAGGUGUCAGACUGCAGCUUGCCAGGACUGCAUCUCCCAGGGCAGGUCCUUUGUGAUGGGUGAGCGUUGGCGGGUCGGACAGUGUGAAGUUUGUCAGUGUUUGGAAGAGCAGCAAAUUGAUUGCUCCACAUACUGUCCCCACACUGCAGCUGGCUGUCCACAGGGUCAGCGACUGAUUGAAGGAUCGGCAGAGAGAUGCUGUUACUGUGCCAAGCCAGAGGAACCCACCUAUCCAUCCAAUACCUCUGGCUUCCCAGAGGUGGGCUCUGCUACCCCGACUGCUCCAGGAGAGAUGACUUUACCUCCAACCAGCACAGCCGGCUGCCGGAAUGGGGAGUUCCGCUGUCACAAUGGUCACUGUGUUCAGGCUGGAGUUGCAGGACGUGUAUGUGAUGGAGUCAAUGACUGUGGAGAUGCUUCGGAUGAGCUGUACUGUGGAACGGUUCCCCCGACCAUGUUGGGUUCAACAGGCUGUCUACAGUCGGAGUUUCGCUGUAGAGCGAAUGGGACAUGUGUGUCUGUGUCCCAGAGAUGUGAUGGGCACUCUGACUGCAGUGAUGGUACUGAUGAGAUCGGCUGUGUCUUCUCCAGCACCACACAGGGUAGGAAAAUGGUCACGGCUCAGGAGUCCCGCAGCACUGACCACCAGUCAGGCUCGCAGGACACAUCACCGAGGACUCCUGUGAGUGGUGCCCUGCCCACCACAGACACUGGGCACUGGGCUAUCAUCGGACCAUCCGCUGACGUCUCAUCGAAAACCACCCUUGUUCCUCCAAGCCGAGGUUCAGAUCUCACUGAGGCACAUCAACCUGAGCAGGAGCACACAUCUCCCAGACCAAGGGUUGGAGAGCCAGCGGCCACCCCCUUCACCCAGAUGGAGCCCAGGACUGAGGAGCGGAGAGAGAAUAGGUCAUCAGGGCCCAUUUCCCGGCCUCAGCCCCCUGGUCCCUGUGACAAGCCGCUGGGGCUGGAGGAUGGCCGGAUCCGUUACCAGCAGCUAAGUGCCUCCUCAUCCCGGGAGAGUAACCCUCCCGAUGCCGGACGUCUCAACAUCAUCCCCAACAUACUGAAGCUGGAGCCCGGCUGGAGUCCAGAGGAUGGGGAUCCCAGUCCUUACUUCCAGGUGGAUUUCCUGGUGCCAACAUUCAUAUCCGGUGUGAUUACCCAGGGAGGGAGUCGAUCAGGAGGCUUCGUCACCCACUACAGGCUCAUGUCCAGUUACGAUGGGAUCCACUUUGUAAAUUAUACUGGUACAACAGACUGGACAAUGCCUCCCCAGAUUCUUGGAGCAAAUUCUGACAGUAACACGCCAGUGAGGCGGGACCUCAAGCAGCUGAUCUUCGCUCGUUACCUGAGGAUUAUUCCAGUCCGUCAAGUUAAUGGGAUCUUCCUGCGCACUGAGAUUCUGGGCUGUCCCUGGACCCAGCUGUCAACCGACGAGCAUGUUCUGGGGCCGGGAGUUCCAGAAAGAUCUGCGACCAGCACCACACAGAGCCCUGUGGACACGGGCUCGCAGAGUGCUUGGACUGGAUCCGGAGGAUGGCAGACUACCGCGUCACCAAGGCCCUUUCCAGCUAGCCUGUGUCAACAAGGAGAGUUCCAGUGUAGGAGUGGAGAAUGCAUCAAUGCUUCAACAGCUCUGUGCAAUCAGAGAGCUGAGUGUAGGGACUUUUCUGAUGAAGAGGGAUGUGGUCUGGAAUUCUGGGGAGACUUGCCUCCGUUUCUCCGAGUUCUCUGUCUGGAUGGACAGUUCAAGUGCAGGUCAUUUGACUGCGUCGACUCAGACCAGGUCUGUGAUGGGUAUCCUGACUGUCCUGAUGGCUCAGAUGAACAGCAUUGUGGUUUGUCUCCUGCCUCAGUGACACCACCAGCAAGGAUCGCGGGACCGAAAUUCUCCACCAUUCAUCCAAGUGCUUGCUCCAGCAGACAGUUUACCUGUGGCAGUGGGGAGUGCCUUCCCCAGCAGCAGGCGUGUGACCUCCAGACCGACUGCCAGGAUGGUUCUGAUGAAAAGGACUGCGUGGACUGUGUGGUGUCGCUGUGGACAGCGUGGAGUGCGUGUAGUCAGAGCUGCAGCCUCGGGGCGAUGUUCCGGCGGAGAGAGGUGCUGCGGCCUGAACUCCCUGGCGGAAAGUGUAACCUCACACUGUGGGAUACCCGAGCUUGCUUCAAGCAGGCCUGCCCAGUGAAUGGCAGCUGGUCCAGCUGGACUGAGUGGUCAGCGUGCAAUGCCAAGUGCGGGGGUGGUGUGCGAUUCCGUCACCGUCAGUGCGUCAACCCCCCACCGAAGAAUGGAGGCUUACCAUGUUUAGGCUCCUGGAUGGACACAGAGUCCUGUAACCGGCACAUGUGUCCUGGUGUGGUGGACUGUGGUCCUGAGAUGGUUUACGUUUCUGCGGAUGAAUGUGAGCACCAGGGACUGGAAACAUGCCCUUUAACCUGUCAGGGCCAGAGCUCGUUCACAAACUGUACCUCAGCAUGCAGACCAGGUUGCCGAUGUCCUGAGAACCUAUUCCUUCAGGACCAGCACUGUGUGAAUGUCACCAUGUGUCGCUGCCAUCUCAACUCUGAGAGCUACCAACCUGGAGAAGUCAUCGUAAUCAAUAAUUGCAGUCGCUGUGUCUGUCAGCUGGGCCACCUGGUCUGUGAUGAUUCGCUUUGUUCCACUGAUUGUGGCUGGUCUGCUUGGUCAUCGUGGACUCCCUGCUAUCCUCGGUGUGGUGUUGGAUUUCAGGAGCGAUACAGGUCUCCAACAAAUCCCACUGUCUCAAACGAUGGUGCCCCUUGUGUGGGGGACAGUGUGGGAGUUCAGGGCUGUCACACUGUGUGCCACCCAGAUACCGAGGUCUCUGUCCAAGGCUGGAGUGAGUGGUCUUUGUGGUCACCCUGCAGUCGGACCUGCUUUCAUGAUGAGGAUGAAAUUUCCUUGAGGAAGCGCUUCCGAUGGUGCCGUGGCCCUGGUGGGGCUGAAUCCAGCUGCUCAGGAGAGGGUGUACAGGGGGAACAGUGUGCUCCACAGCCCUGCGCAGUGGCAGUGGGAUGGAAUUCCUGGAGUCACUGGUCCCAGUGCAGCUCCCUCUGUAAUUCAGGAGUCCAGACCAGAAAUCGAAGCUGCAUGAAUCCACUGGCAGUUGAUGGAGGGGUCCACUGUACAGGACCUUAUAUCCAGACACGAGAUUGUAACACUCAACCCUGUGACAAGCUCUGCCCGGAAGGAAUGACGUAUCGUAGCAUAGAGGAGUGUUUACAGUCCGGGGGAGCAUGCCCACGUGCUUGUCAGGACCUGGCCGCCGCAGUGGAAUGUACCACACAGUGUUAUGACGGCUGUUACUGUGCGCAGGGCCUGAUGCUGCAGAAUGGCUCCUGUGUAACACCGCAGGAAUGCAGCUGCUACCAUCAGGGCCAGUGGCUGGAGCCGGGCCUGAGCCUUCCCCAGGACUCCUGUAACAACUGUACCUGUCAGUCUGGAGAGAUGGUGUGUGGGAUCAAGCCCUGUGCAGUGGACUGUGUCUGGAGCCAGUGGACAGCCUGGAGUCCCUGCAGUAAGACCUGUGAUGUUGGAUCCAGACACCGGUACCGAGUGCCCAGGGUCCCCAGUGCUGGAGGCAGAGAUUGUCAGGGCUCCCGGAUAGAGACCGACCACUGCAGUCUGCAGCUCUGUGAAGAUGUGUGGAGUGAGUGGGGGCCCUGGUCGGAAUGCUCAGUAUCUUGUGGAUCAGGGCUCAGGAAUCGGAGUCGAUCAAAUGCUUCCUCACGAAGCAGUCAGCUGAUGAGUUGUAACCUCCAUCCAUGUGCAGAGGCUCCUUCCAACUGCUCUGAUGGGAUGGUGUGGCGAGCUUGUGCUGAUGGAGUUGUGUUUUGCUCAGAGCUCGGGCUGAAUAAUGUGUCCAGCGGGAGGUGUAGUCCAGGCUGUUUCUGCCAAGAGGGGCUGGCACUACAGGAUGGUCGGUGCAUUCCUAUUGCUGAGUGUCCGUGUGUUGAAGGAGGUGAGAUUUAUCAGCCUGGAGCCAGUGUGGUGAGAGGAUGCAACAUCUGCUUUUGUCUAAGUGGCCAGAUUGGAAAUUGCUCGCAGCAGCUGUGUGAUGUGGAUGGUCACUGGUCGAACUGGUCUCCGUGGAGUGACUGUUCCACUUCUUGUGGAGGGGGAAAGCAGCAGCGAUUCCGAUUCUGUUCCAACCCCCCUGCCUCUGGCAGUGGUCUGCCCUGCAAUGGCCCUGAACAAGAAGAUUCUCCCUGCAACAUGCAGCCCUGUGCUGAGUCCGGACAGUGGGGUGAUUGGGCUGCGUGGACAGACUGCUCACGGACCUGUGGAGAGGGUGUGCGAUUUCGCAGCCGACUCUGUGACAACCCUGCUCCACAGGGUGACGGAGAUUUCUGCGUGGGUCCAGGCACCGUGUCCGAGCUGUGCUCCAAAGGGCAAUGCCCAGAUACAGAUUGUUCAUCCAUCAUUGGUUCUGUGUACGACCCCUGUGGACCUGCUUGUCCUCGAACCUGCUCUGACUUCAUGCUCUGUAUCUGGAGCUGUGAACCAGGUUGCUACUGUACAAACGGCAAGGUGUUAAAUGAGAAUGGAACCACAUGUGUUGAUCGGCAGGACUGCUCAUGUCUUGAUUUAGUGACCAGGAAAAGAUACUUACCAGGUACAGUCGUACCUGCAAAUGAUGGAUGCAAUAACUGUUCCUGCGUGGAGGGUGAGCUGAUCUGCACCAGUAACCCCUGUGACGUGGAUGGAGAGUGGUGUUCCUGGUCUCCGUGGACACCUUGUUCCAAAACGUGUGGUGUGGAGUCAACUUCGCGAUACCGUUCCUGUGCAUGUCCAGAGCCUCGGAACAAUGGAACAAUGUGCGAGGGAACGGAACAAGUUCACGGGAACAUCGGCCUGCAGAUUGCCGUGGAACGCUGCCCUUCCGUGUCCUUCUGUCCAGUGGACGGUGCCUGGAGUCCAUGGUCAGCGUGGUCAGAGUGUGACGGAUGUGUGGGUGCGUCAGUCCGAACCCGGAGGUGUAACAGGCCACCCCCACGAUUUGGUGGAGUGCAGUGUCUAGGCGAGGCGGAGCAGAGCCGAAUGUGUCAUACCAGUUCCAGUCUGUGCACAGACUGUGCUGGAGACCAGGUCUUGCUCCCCUGUGGCCGGACAUGUCCUCGAUCCUGUGAUGACCUCUCUCCAGAUGUACUUUGCUUGGAUGAUGGUGACCCCACCAGUUGCAGGCCUUCUUGUGGAUGUCCUGCUGGUCUGCUGCUGCAGAAUGGCUCGUGUGUUCCUCAGAGGGAGUGUCACUGUAAGUCUCGAGACACGAGUGUGAGCAGCAGGUGGGGCCUGUACCCGGGGGCUGGCGAAUGGAUAUACACAGCAGCUGGAGAGAGCAGAGACACUGAGUGCAGCAACUGUACAUGUGUGGAUGGGCAACUGGAUUGUUCCCCACACCCAAGCUGUCGUCUGGAUGGAGGUUGGAGUCCAUGGGGUCCCUGGAUGCUGUGUUCGGAGACCUGUGGAGGGGGUACUCAGCACCGUGUGCGAGAGUGCAACAGCCCAAGACCCCAGAAUGGUGGCACCCUGUGCUCAGGAGGUGCCAGCCAGAGCAGGGAGUGUAACACUGAGCCCUGUGCAGACUGGAGGCCAUGGUCAGCGUGGAGCUCGUGUUCCAGUUCCUGUGGAGCAGGGUUGGAGACUCGGUACCGAAGCUGUGGCUCAGACCUCAGGGACAUGUGCGUGGGCAGUGAUCGGGAGUCACGUGACUGUAAUGGCACCUGUGGGGAUCAAUUGGGGUGGAGCAAAUGGUCGCCAUGGUCACAGUGCAGCGUGUCAUGUGGAGGUGGGGAGCAGAUCCGGACUCGAUUCUGUCAUAAUCCUCCCUGUGAGGGAUUCCCAGUGCAGAGUAAAACGUGUCACACUCAGGUUUGUCUCGAGGUUGGCUGUCCAUCAGAUCGGUUGUACCGGGAGUGUGUGGGUGCCGAGGGUUGUCCCUACAGCUGUGCUCAUCUCAGUGGCCUGGUGGAUUGUUUCAGCGAUGGCUGUGAAGAGGGAUGCCACUGUCCUGUCAACAUGUACCUGCACAAUGGAACCUGUGUCAAGGAGUGCAGCUGUGUUAUAACUGAGGACAUUCUGCAGUUAUUCCGGAAUCAUUCUCUGAAUCCGUCGAUCAUUCCCACUUUCCUGACAGAGGAUGGGGCCAUUCUACAGGAGGAGGUCUCUCCGGGAGUCACUCUGCAGUACGAAUGCAGCAACUGCACUUGCAGCCAUGGACGCCUGAAUUGCUCGUUCACCUCCUGUGUCCUUGACGGACAAUUUUCCACUUGGAGCCCUUGGACUUCCUGUUCCCGCAGUUGUGGGGGGAUUGGGCACAUGACCAGAUCACGUGACUGCUCAAAUCCAAAGCCAGCCAAUGGGGGCAGAGACUGCGUCGGACCACGAAUCGAUGUCAAGUUUUGUCAGCCUGCGGAGUGUGAAGUGCCCAUACCAACAAUGGAACCUCCUGACAGUGGGCCAGAUUCCGAAGGAUUUUCUCCCUGGGCUCCAUGGACUCGUUGCUCCAGGAAUUGUUCCGACUCUGAGUUCCCCAGCAUGAAGAGCCGCACCCGUUCCUGCCGUCGCCGGAACUGCACUGGGGAAACUUUCCAGGAACGCCCCUGCAAUCUGCCCCAGUGCACAAAUGAGACAGAAUGUUCUGGUGAGAAUUGUACCAGGAACUGCAGCUGGAACAUGUGGUCAGAAUGGAGUCAAUGUUCACGUAGCUGUGGUGUCGGCCAACAGCAUCGUCUCCGGACUUACAAUGCUCCAAGGUUGGGUGGUCAGUGGUGCAAGGAAAUCUUGACAGGAAAUCUGGAAAUACGUUUCUGUAACAUAAAGGCUUGCAGAGUGAAUGGAGGAUGGUCCAAAUGGAGUCCAUGGUCAAUGUGUGACCGGGCUUGUGGAGGAGGCAAGUCUCUCCGGAUACGAUCCUGUACUGAACCACCCCCAAAGAAUGGAGGCAAGACCUGCACUGGAGAGCGAUUUGAAGUGAUGUUGUGUAAUGUCCAGCCCUGUGGUGCUGAUGGCUGCCCCACUGGCCUGGAGUAUGUUGACUGCGCCAACAGAUGCCCUCGAGCCUGUGUUGACUUCCAGAGUGGAAUAGUCUGCUCCAACAAUGGAACGUGUGAAGCAGGCUGUCGAUGUCCAAAUGGUUCCCUGGAACAGGAUGGUGUUUGUGUAGCUCCCUGGCAGUGCCAGUGCACUGACUCGUUUGGAAAAACCUGGGCACCAGGGAGCAUGCAGCAGGUCGACUGCAACAACUGCACCUGUACGGACGGACAGAUUACCUGCUCAAACAACAUCUGCCAGACCUCAGACUGUGCUUGGAGUCACUGGUCAGCUUGGUCAUCCUGCAGCAUCACCUGUGGGAUUGGCACUCGAUCCCGCUUCAGAUCAUCAACAUCAGAAUCACUUGAGAGCGAAUGUAACCAGGAUCAAGUACAAACCAAACAAUGUGACCAAGGCCAGUGCCCAGUAUUAUGUCUUCACGAUGAGCAGGAAAUGCAGUUUGGAGAGACUUGGUUUGUAGGUGAAUGCAAGCAGUGUUUGUGCACACCUGAAGGAAUCUAUUGCCAACCCCUGGAUUGUCGAGUGGAUGGAGGGUGGACGCCCUGGUCAUCAUGGUCUGACUGUUCAGUAACCUGUGGUUGGGGAUCGCAGACAAGCACAAGGGCUUGCAUCAACCCCCCACCUCGCAACGGGGGCUCAGAGUGUGAAGGUCUCGGCAUUCAAACUAAGAAUUGCAGCAGUGCAGAUUGCCCAGGUGAUGAAAGCUGCCACUGGUCAGCGUGGAGUGCAUGUUCCCUCACCUGUGGGUCAGCCUAUAGAAGCAGGAGGUGCUCGGAAUCAGGAGAAGAUCGACGGGAACUGGAGCCCUGUUACAGUCAGCCAUGUCCAGUUGACUGUGAACUGGGCUUAUGGAGUGAAUGGACAGUUUGUUCAUGUACCUCUCCUGUGCAACACCGAUAUCGCAUCGCCCACAAACCCCUGUAUGGGGGGAGACCCUGCAGAGGGCGCGAGAAGAUGUCCCGAGUGUGUCACCAGCUGGAGUGUGCAGACGCUAAGUGUGAAAGUCCAUUUGAGCACCGAAUGUGUGGGUCAGGCUGUGGUGGUCACUGCUCUGACCUUGGCCAGAAACAAGAAUGUGAUGUCGCUGGGAAGAAGUGUAUUGCAGGAUGUUACUGUCCAGAGGGUCUCUGGGAACAAGAUGGCAAAUGCGUUCCAUCCUCUGAGUGCGAGUGUAUUCACCUUCAGCAAUCAGACAGGAAUAAAGCCCCACUGCCCACACGUGUGCAACCUGGUGCUAGCAUUCGAAUUGGCUGCAAUACUUGCAUCUGCACAAAUGGUUUGAUCGAAUGCACCAAUCACAGCUGCAAAGGUCAAGUUGAGCUUAGUGAGUGGUCUCACUGGACGGGUUGCUCUUCCUGCAUCCCUUGGACUGUCCUGAAUGAAUCCUCAGUCACUGCUUUACACAAACACCAGCUCAACACCCUAAACCUCAGCCAGCUCCCUGCUGUGGACCAGUACUUAGUGAGCGAAAAACGGUACCGAGUAUGUGUGGCAUUGGAUUCGGGACAGCCUGUAAUUGAGAACCUAUGCGGAGAGCAUCUGGUGGAAAAUCGGACAUGUGCAAACCUUACAAUCUGUAGUGACGAUUGUUCUUGGGGUUCCUGGGGCCCAUGGAGUGCUUGCCGCGAGCCUUGCAGUGGUGGCUUCCGCAUCAGGCAACGCAACCUCACUCGCCCAGAUGACACAGGGGACUGUCGAAAACCCAGGUUCCAAUCGGAAAGUUGCAAUACUGCCAUCUGCCCAGGAGAGCUCUGUGAAGACCGAGAAAAAGAGUUUGUGUCCUGUGCAAAUCACUGUCCGAGGACAUGUACUGACCUGUGGGAUCAUGUGCAGUGCCUACAAGGAAUGUGCAAACCAGGUUGCCGAUGCCCUAGGGGUCAGUUACUUCAGGACUCCAGCUGUGUGUUGGUCUCAGAGUGUCGCUGUGGUCUACCUAGCUCAAAUGGCACUGUGGAAUAUCAGCCCGGAGACAGGAUCAUUGUUCCCUGUGGCACCUGUGCCUGUCUGAAUGGGACAUUUGACUGCAGUGAUUCACACUGUGCAGAGCAAAGCUCCUGGUCCGUGUGGAGCCAAUGUUCGAGGAGUUGUGGAGGAGGUCAGCGGAUUCGCAGUCGCACAUGUGGAAGGCCAGGCACAUCUUGCAAGGGAGGAACUGUUCAGAUGGCAGAGUGCAACCAGAUGCCCUGUCAAGGCUGUCCAGGGAACCAGGUCUUUAGCAGUUGUGCCAACAUCUGUCCACGUACUUGCUCAGAUCUUCGACCUGAUGUGGAAUGUCAGCAAGAGGACUGCAAAGCUGGUUGCCUGUGCCCACGUGGACAACUCCUGCAGGAUGGAUUUUGUGUGUCUCUCGAAGAUUGUCAUUGUUCUGUACCGAGCUCACUAACGCCAUGGUUUGGUAACGUUUCACACAUCGAUUACCCACCAGGAGCAGUGAUCCAUCAUCGGUGCAGUGUGUGUGUAUGUCGAAAAGGAGUUUUCCAUUGUUCUGAUUCAGACUGUAAAGAGUGCCCCGAGGGUGAGGUUUGGAAUGGAGGGCUCAUGGACCCUCAGUCCUGUGAGCGGUCGUGCCGUGACGUUCAUUCAAUGAACGUGACCAGUUGCAGUUCGGCUGGAGAAGACUGUGUGUGUGAAGCAGGGAGAUACAGAAACACCUCGGGUUACUGCGUGACUGCAGCUUACUGUGAGUGCAUCGCUGGUGAUGUCAUCUACCCGCCCGGGUACGAAUGGGUAGAUGGCUGUGAGCAGUGUCGAUGCAUCAAUGGAAGAAAAGUUUGUUCUACUGGAUGUCCAACACUUAACUGCCUGGAGGGAUAUGUAAAAGUAGAGGAUCCUGUGCAAUGCUGUCCUGUCUGCAGAAAAGAAAUUCUUGAUGACUCAUUCACAAAGUGUCAACAUUACACUGAAACUCGGAACAUAUCCAAGGGUUUGUGUCGGCUGGAGAAUGUGCUUGUCAGUUCCUGCAGUGGAAGCUGCCCGUCUCAAGUACAAGUUAUCCCAGAGGAGCCAUAUCUACAGAGCAAAUGUGAGUGCUGCAGUUACCGUCUUGACCCCGAGAACCCCGUGCAGUUCAUGAACUUGCAGUGUGAUAAUGGAGAGGUGGAGCCGAUUGUCCUUCCAGUUAUUCAUAGUUGUGAGUGCAGUAGCUGCCAAGGUGGAGAUUUUUCCGGACGCUGAGUUAUUCCUUAUAAUCUGGUUAUUUAGGUUCUAUCCAGUGAUUUAUUGAACAAGUUUAUUCUUUCAAUACAAAAAGUGAUUUCAUUUGGAGAGAUUAUGUAACAGAUCAAUAUCAGCCAAGUUUGUUUUUAUUUAAAACUCAUCAUGUGUGCUUCUAAUAAACAGAUUAAUGUCCUUUG